AUGAAUGGGGCAGUCGAGGCAGCUAACAAGAAUAUCAAGAGGAUUCUGCAAAAGAUAGUGGAUAAUCACAAACAAUGGCAUGAGAAACUGCCUUUCACUUUACUGGGUUAUCGGACUACCAUAAGAACAUCCACUUGGGCAACGCCACACAUGUUAGUAUACGUCACUAUAGUAGUGAUACCCGCAAAGGUCGAGAUGUCGUCUUUAAGAGUAAUUCAAGAGGAAAAAUUGGACGACGCAGAGUGGAUGCGGGUCAGGCAGGAACAACUCAUGCUCAUUGAUGAGAAAAGAAUGGACACAGUGUGUCAUGGUCAGCUAUAUCAAAACAGGAUAGCCUGUGCUCUUAACAAGAGAGUGAUGUUUCGCCAAUUAACACCGAGGCAGUUGGUUUUGAAGAAAAUCUUUCCCUAUCAAGAAGAAGCCAAAGGAAAGUUCGCACCAAACUGGCAAGUUCCUCACGUGGUUCACCGAGCACUGUCGGGUGGGGCUCUAAUCUUGGCAGAGAUAGAUGGAAGAGUCAACACAAUGCCUAUCAACUCGGACGCAAUCAAGAGAUACUAUGUCUGA